GCUGCUGCGCGCUGACAUGGAUACAAGUGGCGUUUACUGCUGAAACUGGACACAUUACAGUGUGGUGCUGAGAGUGGGGGACUUCAAAGAGCGGUAAAACUUCUUCCACGGCCGCAUUCAUGUGAUUUUCCCUUGUUUGAGCCAUGUCCAAGACCCUGAAGAAGAGGAAGAACCACUGGACUAACAAAGUCCAUGAGAGUGUCCUUUGCAGGAAUGAGGAGGGGGAGCUGGGGCUGGAGUUGAAGGGCGGCGCAGAGAAUGGACAGUUCCCGGUUAUCGGCGAGCUUCUCCCGGGUAUAGCGGUGUGCCACAGCGGCAAACUGUGGCAGGAUGAACUCCUCCUGGAAGUCAAUGAUACCCCGGUGGCUGGGCUCACCACCAGGGACGUCCAUGCUGUGGUCAAACACAGCAAAGACCCCGUCCGACUCAAGUGUGUCAAACAAGGGGGCGUGAUAGACAAGGACCUGCGCCACUACCUCAACCUGCGCUUCCAGAAAGGCUCUGUGGACCACGAGCUGCAGCAGAUCAUCCGGGACAACCUCUACCUCCGCACCGUCCCCUGCACAACCAGGCAGCCAAAGGAAGGAGAGGUCCCGGGGGUGGAUUAUAAUUUUGUGACCGUUGACCGGUUUGUGGAAUUGGAGAAAAGCGGAGCCCUGCUAGAGAGCGGAACAUAUGAAGAUAACUUUUACGGGACCCCAAAGCCUCCGGCCGAGCCCAGCGCUCUGCUGCUAAAUGUAACGGACCAGCUGUUGCCGGGCGCCAGACCCACCUCCGAGGGCAAGAGGAAGCGUAACAAGUCGGUGAGCAACAUGGAGAAAGCCAGCAUCGAGCCCCCCGAGGAGGAAGAGGAGGAGAGACCAGUCGUCAACGGCAACGGUGUUGCUGUCACCCCAGAGUCGAGUGAACAUGAGGACAAGAGUACAGACGCCUCAGGGGACAUCGCCCCGCAGUGUGUCCCAGCAGAGGCCCCACCAGAGGCGCCCAAAGACGAGGGUCAGUCCCCGAAAAUAACCCUCCCCCAACCAGAGGAGAACGACGAGCUAGGGCUGCUGCCGGACAACUGGGAGAUGGCGUACACUGAGAAAGGAGAGGUCUACUUCAUAGACCACAACACCAAGACAACAUCGUGGCUGGACCCGAGGCUAGCCAAGAAGGCAAAGCCGCCUGAGGAAUGCAAAGAAGAUGAGCUUCCGUACGGCUGGGAGAAAAUCGAUGACCCCAUUUACGGCAGCUACUAUGUUGACCAUAUAAACAGAAGGACCCAGUUUGAGAAUCCCGUCCUGGAGGCUAAAAGGAGACUUCAGCAGCAGCAGCAGAUGCAAAGCCAGGGUCUGUCCUCACUGCCCCUCCCCACCAUCUACAGAGAGAAACCGCUGUUCACGCGGGACCCCACUCAGCUGAAAGGCAGUUUCUUUUCCACGGCACUCCAAAAGAGCAACAUGGGCUUCGGCUUCACCAUCAUCGGGGGGGACGAGCCUGAUGAAUUCCUCCAGGUGAAGAGCGUGAUCCCCGAUGGUCCUGCCGCAGCCGACGGGAAGAUGGCCACAGGUGAUGUCAUUGUCUACAUCAACGAUGUGUGCGUCCUGGGCACCACCCACGCUGAUGUGGUCAAACUUUUCCAGUCGGUUCCGAUUGGCCAAAGUGUCACGCUGGUCCUGUGUCGCGGCUACCCUCUGCCCUACGACCCAGAGGAAGCCGGCAACACCAACAACAACACCACCACCACCAUCAUCUCCCCGCUGGGCAUCAUGGAGCAGCGGCCCAUCAUGGUGAACGGCAGGACGGGCUACGACAACUACCUGGACUAUCUGUCCCGUACGGCGCGCUUUGUCACUGACCCCGGCCAGGACCAGGUCAACGCCCAGCAGCAGCUGCUCACCCCUCACCCAGGGGACACUCACCUAGACGGCUCGCUUCCUCCCACCACCGGAACCACACCUCCCGACAGCGUCUCCAUGGCGUCGUCAGGUGCGACACAGGGGGAACUACUCACCCUGACCAUGGUGAAGGGCGGGGAAGGUUUUGGCUUCACUAUCGCAGACAGCGCCACGGGCCAGAGAGUGAAACAGGUGCUGGAGCCUCAGGGCUGCCCCGGCCUGUGCGAGGGGGACCUGAUUGUGGAGAUAAACAAGCAACACGUGCAGGGAUUGGUACACACACAGGUGGUGGAGCUGCUCAAGGAGUGUGCCGUGGGAGUUGAGACCAUCCUGGUGGUGCAGAGAGGGGGAACAGGUCACUAUUCACCCUGGAAGACCCCUAAGCAGGUGCUGGAGCAGUGGGAGUCCCAGCAGGGCCAGGGCAGCCCCGCUCAGACCAGCCUGUCAGCCCCAGUUAUCCCCCACAACGCCCCCUUCCCAACACACCAUCUUCACAGGGCCUCAGUCCCAGAAUCAGCCGCCGAGGCCUUGGCCCUGGCUAAACCCGACCCCUUUGACCUUUAUGAGAAGUCCAGGGCAAUCUAUGAGAGUAGGCAACCUGGGCAACCAAGGACCAUUUUCCCUGCAGACUCCACAGGAGUGGAGUACCAGGACAUGGAGGUGCACCUGCGCAGACAGAAGUCCGGUUUUGGUUUCAGGGUGCUGGGUGGGGACGAGGCGGGGCAGCCUAUCUUGAUAGGGGCGAUCAUCGAGAAGAGUCCAGCGGAUUUAGAUGGACGCCUGCGGCCCGGUGAUGAGCUGUUGUUCGUGGACGGGAUCCCGGUGGUGGGGAAGCCGCACAGAUACGUCAUUGACUUGAUGCACGGGGCAGCGAGGAACGGCCAGGUGAAUCUGGUGAUCAGGAGGAGGGUGCUGCCAGCAGGUGAGUCCUGUCCGGAGAACGGCCGCAGCCCGGGCUCCGUGUCCACGCAGCACAGCUCCCCCCGCAGCACCGACUACACAUACGCCAACAGCACCAACCAGAUACCCAACGCCGGCAUCAGCACCGCCACCUCAGACAGGACGUCCACCCCCAACACGCAACCCAGUGACGUCAUCAUCAAUCGAAAGGAGAGCGAAGGCUUUGGCUUCGUCAUCAUCAGCUCGCUUAACAGGCCAGAGGUGUCCAGCACCAACCCUGUGCCUCAUAAAAUUGGCCGCAUCAUCGAGGGCAGCCCUGCCGACCGCUGUGGGAAGCUGAAGGUAGGAGACAGGAUCCUGGCAGUGAACAGCCAGUCCAUCGUCAACAUGCCGCAUGCUGACAUCGUUAAGCUGAUCAAGGACGCGGGCCUCAGCGUCAGCCUGAGGAUCAUACCGCAGGAAGAGAUCAGCAACCCCCCGUCAGCCCCCAGCUCAGAGAAGCAAAGCCCCAUGGCGAUGCAGCACAGCCCGAAGACCCAGCCGGCCCCCACCGCCUCGCAGCCCAACGCGGUGGCCCCGGACCCCAACCUUCCUGUCAGCCAGCCCAACCCCGUGCCCCACCAGAGCCCCGUCACCCAGCUGCCCGCCCCCCCACCUCCGACCUACACCCACGAGAGCAGUUACAGGUCUGAAGUGAAGGCGAGGCAAGAUGUUAAACCGGACAUCAGACAGCCGCCGUUCACGGAUUACCGACAGCCUCCGGUGGAUUACCGGCACCCCCCUGUGGCAGACUACAGGCAGCCCCCCACGCUGGAUUACAGACACCCACCACUGCUCGACUACAGACAACUAGCUCCUGACACACGGCAGUUCGCCAUGCCGGACUACCGCAUGCCACCAGUUCAGCUUGCGCAGGACUUUGACUUCUUCACAGUGGAGCUGGAUAAAAGCGUGAAAGGCUUCGGUUUCAGCAUCCGCGGAGGCCGGGAGUACAAAAUGGACCUGUUUGUCCUACGGCUGGCAGAGGACGGACCGGCCAUCCGUAACGGGAGGAUGAGGGUUGGGGACCAAAUCAUUGAGAUCAAUGGAGAGACCACGCGGGACAUGAGCCACGCUCGGGCCAUCGAGCUAAUCAAAUCUGGAGGCCGGCGCGUCCGACUCCUCCUGAAGAGGGGAACGGGGCAGGUCCCAGAGUAUGAUAAUUCCGCCCCAUGGGAUGCUCGCCCUUCAGCCUCCCCAAGCCUGUCGGAAGUAGGCCCUCCCAUCGACAGCCUCUCCAUGCCAUCGCCUUCAUCUCAUCUGGCCCCCGAUCCACCUCACCUGUCGCCUCUGGACGUCCCGCGAGAGCCGGUGGCACGAGACGGCAAAACGGAGCGACCGAAGAGCCCCCAGAAGGCCGAGUUGCCGAACCAGGAUCCGACCAGCCAGGGGAGGAGAGCAGCCGGGAGCAGCAGAGCCAAGAAGGAGGGUGGUAGGUCCACCCACAAGGGGCCCAGGGUCCAGCAUACUACUGAGGGGGACGUGAGCGGGGAGCCCAAACCCUCCAGGAGCAACAGAGGGAGAUCCAAGGAGAGAAACCUUCCGAGAGAAUCCACCGAGUCUCCUCAGCUCCCCCACACUAACGGGAACAGCAGGGAGGAUGCGGAGCGUUACGGGGGCGUGCAGCAGGGGGAGUCGGAGAAGAGCCUGGGAGAGAGCCGGCCCAGUCUGCCCCUUAAGAGCAGCAGUGCGGCGGGGAGGAAGGCCACGGUCUCCCCCGGGCCCUGGAAGAUCCCCGGCUCAGACAAGCUGCCCAGCACACUGCGCACAGGCACCUCCACUCUGAGCAGGUAACACCGCGGCCCCCGCAGGAUACACCCAUCUGACCCAUCCUCACUCCCUGAGCUCCGUCAGCACCCCCUCCCUCCACUCCAUCCCGAUCUCCAGAGUCAAAAACCACGGGGGGGUGCAGGGUGAUCUGGACCACGUGUUUUUAGAGUUUUAUUUAUGAUAUUGUACUCUAAAUUAUUUUGAGAAAUAUUUUACACCAACCACCUUAAGAACUGGAAAAUCAUCCACUUUAUAUAAAAAAAAAUAUGGAAGAACUAGUAGAAUGUGGGAAGAAUCACUAACUUUAAAGAACUCCCCGAGAAGAACAUGCAAAUAAAAGCAACCGGCAGGAGAAAAUGUCGGUUGUGAUUGGAUUUUUUUAUAAAUAUAUAUAUAUAUAUAUAUAUCUUCAAAGCGGAGUCUGUUUUAUGGAAUGUUACAGAGAAAGUUUGCCUGUUUUUGACGAGAGCGAAUGGAACAAAGAGUGACAGCGGAGAUGAGAUCUACUCAUCGACAGAACUUUGCCUUAACAGAGAGACAGUGUGGGCCUGGAUCUAUCAGAAGAAUAUAGACAUAGAUAUAUUAUAACGAAUAUGAAUAUGUGGGAUCAUUUUGUAAAUAAGAUCAUCUUUAAGUGAAUUGAAUCUUAGUUGAGCUGGAUUGGAAGUGGAUUUUAUUCCCAGCUAAACCACGAGUUCGACGGCGCUACAUGGACCGGAUGUGAAGCAGGUCGGGCUCUCGGCUGCGGUUCUCCGUUUUCUUUGCGCUUGAAUCAUCCCGAGGUUCAGCGGGGAUAUUUUGCCAAUCCAUUUUUCUCAUUUCUGUGCUCAACGAAAAAAAGCAAUCCGUGACGGCGAGUCCAGCCGGACGCUGAGGGGAAGGAGCUUGCAGGACAGCGACCGAAGGGCAGAGUGCCUUAGACUGAGACAGAGUGGCUUUUAGGUCAAAGGUCAAACUCCAAACCACUUAAGAGGGUUCAAAACAGGCUGCUAUACAACACCAACUCUACAGAUAUGAAUAAUAAACUGUAUUUUUUCAGAUACGAGUGUGAUACAGUGAAAUAUAUAACUUAUUUCACAAGCUUAUGUAUGAAAACAAAGUCCAUAACCAGAACUGUUGACUUUAUUUGUGCAAGUAGUUCAUUUUGCGUCAUGACAGUUUUCAUUACUGAUUUUACAAAAAGGUCUGACACUAGUAGCUCCACGGAGAUUUUCCCCUCUGGGAUGGUGUGUUCAAGCGUCAGCACAGAGCAAGGCUUUGCACCCACACCAAACUAAAGUCCUAAGAUCUGACGUGAUCUGAAGCUCGCUCACCCAACAAUCUGUGAGUGGAUGAGAGUGCUCCAUCCUGAAUAUGAAGCGUUUCUAUUGUUUCCUGAUCGGAUGAUGAGAGGAUGCACCUGUCACAGCGACUGACUGAGAUUAGUUUUUGGUGAUUCUUUCUACACUGUGUCAAAUUAACAUCUACAUGCCAAAGCUCCAUGUAGAUCAGAAACAUGUUCAGCUCACACCUGCUCCAGAAUUGGACUUAUUUGAAGGUCUUAUUCCCACGUUUACAUUUUUAUACUACCUAGAAAUUGACAAUUUGCUGAGCCCUGUACCCCUGUUGCUAUGCCUGUCAAGCUUUCCACUCUGGCUCGACACAUUUAAUAACAGAGGCUGUUUACCAACUUGAAAUUCUCAGUCAGUUUUGAAACAGAGUCCAUGAUUUUACACAGAAGGAAACAAAAGCAGCUUCUCAUUUCUCGCCACACAAGCUUUUUAAGCUAAUGGGAGGCUCCAUGAGUUGGCGGGAAACUGUCUCUGGAUGGCUUUUUUUUGCAGCUGACUUAUUUUAAAACAAGAAUCUUGCAAAAAGGGGUCUUAAAUGUCCACUUGAGGGUUCAUACCUGUGCUUAUAGGAUAUGUUACAUGUAAAAAGAGGGAAAUAAUUGUAUUUGUGGAUCAUUUGUGUCGGCUGUUGCAGGGUAGAGCACAUUGGUGCUAGUGUUUAAGAUAUGAUAGUAAAAAAUAAAAACAUUUCACAUACUCAAAUCCAAUAACAAACAGACAGAGCUGCUAACAUUAGUAAAGAAAUAUAGUAAAAUACAUACAUUUGUAACUCAAAUGUAUGUAACUUAAUGCAGAGUAUUGCUCAAACUACAGCCUCAUGCUCAUUGCUUCAAAUGUUGUAGAAAUCCAAAGCUUGACAGGUGUGCAUUGCCUGGUUACAGUUGUGAUUGAACACUUGAAGUUCGGGGCAGGGGGUUCUACGCAAAUUGUCAAUUUUGAGAUAAACAAAUCAGCGUCCGUACCCUCUCUGCAGAUGUGAAAACUGAGUGGAAAAUAUCCUCUGAAUGAGUGACACUCACUGAAAAACCGAGUCAUAAUACUCUCCUCCCUGUGCUGAGGGAAGUGCAAACAGCAUUUAAAGAAUAAAAGAACAAACAGAGACAAGUCAUUAUGUUUGCCAUUGUGAUCCGUAAUUACACAAAGAAAAAGCUGGGUGACUUUAAAGCACAAUCUCUCACAGAGGCUUUGGGAAAGAUUAGGCUGGAGAAAAUCAUCAGCCAGACCUGCAGUCACACGCAGAGGCUGUUCAGAGGAUGAAAUCACACAAAAUAGGCCAAGAACAAAAUUCAACAUUGAAAAUCUUCCUACACACUGAAUCAUUAUGCACCAUUAUUUUUAGUUUAAAGCAGACAUUUUUUAAAAAAUGCAUAUUUUUGCUCAACCUUUGCACAACUCACUGCUUUUAACAUCUGAGCUGUGUCCAUUGAGCCAAAUUGUAAAGUAGUUUGCUACCGAAAGCAAAAACAAACAAAAAAACAUCCAGAGGUGUAAUCCCCACGGCUCGGUAUCACUGUGUAGUGUUAUAGCAGUGUAUAGACCCUGAACAAAUAUCUCUAUAAAUAUGACUCCGUGUACUAUUGAUGGUCACAAAGACUGUAAGUGGAGCAACUAUUUUUAUGAAAUGCAACACUAUGGAUAUAUUAACUUUUGCAAAAAUCUUGUUUACCUGUAUGAUACUCUGAAAAGCUGUCAAAAUAAAAGAAAGUCUUGACACAACAUGAAAGAGUUAUUUGGGACAAGCUGCUGUGUCAUUAAUUAUGGGUGUUUUUUUAUUAAAGCGUACAGUUAAAGAUAACAUUGCUACUCUUCACUCGCCCCAUUUAACUUAUUCCCAGUA